AUGAAGCUGGUAAUUGUGUUUGGGCUGGUGGUGUUUAGCCUUUGCACAUACUCUGCUACAGCCUUAUUCGGGAAAAAUUUGCCUCUCGGAGAUGGUUUAUCUCUGGGCUCAAUUCUACCCUCCUUGGAUCCAUUAAGGAAUUUGCUGAGAACUCUGGGAAUUUCUGUUGAACACCUUGUGGAAGGACUGAAGAAAUGUGUGGAUGAGCUGGGACCAGAGGCAUCUACCUCUGUGAAGAAACUGCUGGAGGCUCUUUCAUUUUUGGUGUGA